CACCUUCUGGCGUCAAGUCAUUUGGGUUUUGCCAUUUUACAAGCGUUUUGAUAUAAUAUACACAGCUUUUGUGUUUAGACGACUACGAGCAAUACACCGACUUGUUUGAGGAGCAUUUUGUCUUUUUGGUUUUAUAAGAAGGAAGCGUUUUGUAAACCGAGUUUGGGUUGAUGAGCGCCGGAGGUGACGCGCCUACCGUUCCGGGUAUCACGCUCCAAUCCGUCAAACGCAAAGACGGCAUGGGACCCCGCGCGGAACCCAACGUUCAAGGACAGGCCCAAGAACCUAUCCGAAAGCGACGAAAAACGGACAGACAAACCGAAAACAUUAGCGAUGACGAUGACACAAGCGCAGCAGUGCCGGAGGGACCUCUUCCUGCAACGCCGGCAGCGUCGGUUGCUGAAACACUCUUGGCGGGGUUGAAUGAUAUUCCGCAUGCUGUGCCUGCUAUUGAUCCUUUGCCGCCGCUACCAGCGGAGGCGUUUGAUGUUGCUCUCACCGUCGGGAAGGAGGUUGGAGGGACAUCAAUAUCGACGUCGACGGCAACGUCAGGCCCAACAACAUCCACAACCGACCGCUCCAAUACCCUCGUUAGACUCCUUCAACCCCUCACAGAACCCCCUCUUGUCCCACACAUCCGAGCCCGCCGUGCACCCACUUCGUACCGACGACGUAAGCCCCAGGUCAACUACCCAGCCGCAAAGCCACCAUAUCUGCUCGACCGACCACCACCAUCAGUGGGAUACAGGGUCUAUCCGGGCUUUCCCGCCUUUUUGCAGCAGGUCACACCGAGAAAUCAGGUGACAGCCGGCGAAGCACAUCGAAACCCAGUUUCAGCCCGGUUUGUGGAUCGAAGGUGGUGGGUUGGUGGUGGAGGUGCACCAGGGAGCACGAACAAUAACGAUGGGGGAGGGAACCUCGCUGCUGAUGCAGCGGUCGAGGAGGAAUUGAGUUCAUUGGGGCAUGGGCAGGAGGGUGCGCCUUCGGAGCAGGAUGUGGAGUGGCAGGCUCGUGCGGCUGCUGCUGCUGCAGCGGCGGCAGCGGCGAGGGUGGCGGGUGUAGCAGGCUUUGGAGAGAUAGCGGCUUUUGGAGGGAACCAUGAUGGGCUGUUUGGGGAGGGAGGUCAGCAGGUUCAAGCUCAGCAGGGGGCAGCGGACGGACAGGUGAGCGAGGCGAGAGAUUUGUUGGGUAUGUUGCUUAUGGCGGCAAAUGGAGAGGCAUAAUGUAUUGGGGUUUGGUAGAAGAUAGUAUUUUUGUUUGUAAUAUAUUUCUCGAGUAUCUUGGAA